UCUGUAUUUACGCACAAUAAUCCAGAUCUGCGAGAAAUUCCCAUAUCGUCAGCAUUUUCAUCUGGCACCGCACGUGCAUAUGCUAAACUUUAUGGCAUCCUGGCUAAUGGAGGGACAGAGGAGGGAAACAAGCUCUUGUCAAAUAAAUCAAUUAAUAAAUUAGCUACGCCCGUAGUGUCAGGGAUCGACCUUGUUACCGCGCUAUAUGCAUCAUACAGUGUAGGCAUGCAAUUUUCAAAGAAUCCAAAAGGAGGUAUUGUUUUUGGACACCCGGGUCAUGGAGGUCAGGUGGCUCAAGCAGAUUUGGAGAAUGGUAUUGGACUAGCGUAUCUUACAAAUUAUAUAGACGUUUACGCACAAGGUGAUCAUCCACGAUUUCUGGCGCUUUUGCAGGAAUUUUAUGCCUGUUUAGAGAACUUCUUAAAGAGCAAGCAGUAAACACAAUUAUUGACACUGAAAAACAGUUGGAGUUUUAAGCAAAGUGGACGGGCCAUUAGUUAAACUUUUAUGUAAGGGAACAGAUGUUGACGUAUUCACUGUAUUACAUAGUGGAAUAAGAAUGAACGACGAGUAUUAUAGAAUUCUUUUCAUUUAAGAUUAAAUAUUUAAAUACAUCUCCUUCAAUAACAUCAUAUCUGAUCACGGUUUUAAUUUAAAGCCUAGGUCUGGUAUAUGCGAAACUUAUUUUGAAGUGAAUAAUAUUGCGUUUUAUCACGAAAAUAUCUAAUGUACAAAUAUACAUAUAAUCAUAUAUCAUACAACAUGUACAAAAAAGGUACGCAAGGGCAAUUUUCUCAUUUAAUUUUGACAAUUUAUGCACAAAUGCAUUACAUAUAAGUGAUUUCGCACAUAAAACCUCAAAACAUUUGCAAAUGUUACUGUUUUAUUGAUAUAAUAUACUAUUAUAUGUUCCGCUACAUUAAUUUUAACUAUCUUUGAAUUUGUAAACUAAAAUGAUAUUUUGUCAGUAACAGCUUCCUUGAAGUCAGCGAGAAAUAUAACAAGGUCUUUGCCAAACGUUAUAUUCAUCAUUAAUGUGUGAAUGCAGUUAUUUGUUACUUUUUAAAUACCAUAAUACAUUGAACCAUUCAAUAAAAGCAUUAAAAUUUUAUAUAUACAAAAUUAUAUAAGGUAAAUUCUUUAAUCACUUAAGUGACAUGACAGUUUCGCGUAAACGUCGGUACCGUCUUUUGUCUAAGGUUCUGAAUGACCGGGUCACGUGAAUCAGAGGGCGAAGCAAUCUCUUCUCUGGCGUUAUGUCAAUUGACAUUACGCCAGAGAAAGGACUGCUCCGCCCAUUGAUUCACGUGACCCGGUCAAUAAGAACCUUAGACAAAAUACGGUACCGAUGCCUUUUCACUUCCACUCGGAGCGAGCAAGUCGCUGAGAAGGCACAGGACAUCGGCAGAUGAUUGAAGGACAAAUGCUACGUUUAAGGCGGCAAGUUCGCAUGUUCUCUACAGCUCGGGGUAACGUUUAAGGCGGCACGACUUAGUUUGCAUGAAUUUAGCUGCCGGUAUCCUGACUAAUGCCGAGGGGAGUUGCCCUACAGUAGUCUGAGUAUGGUGUGCUAGGGUGCGUGAGCCCCUAGUACAGAUAGACGGCUUGUAAGGCAAGCCAUUUGCUGGCACUAACAGCCCUUUUCAGGGCUACUAUUUUCAUAUUGUCACAGGUUACUGUACAUUUAGGUUCUCAUUGGCCGCCGUACAGUGACCUACUUUUGGCUCAAAAUUCAUAUCUUUGGCUAAUACUGCGUGGAAAUUGCAUGGAGGUAAAUUAUCAUCACUUUGUACUUCAAAAUUAACUCUUUAAGGGCAUGACUGGUGACAUGUCCGGGGUCCGUACUCGACAGCGAAAGCUGCUUUUUGUGCCCUUAUGCGCGGAUGGACCCUCAUUAAGCAUUAACUACAUACAACUACAUACAUACAUACGGUACCGAUGUAUUCGAAAAACUGUUAUACCAUGAAUGUUACCAAUGAAUUUACCUUAUAUAAAUUUUGUAUAUAUAAAACUUUGAUGCUUUUAAUGGUAUUAUUGAAUAGUAGUUCUAUUUUUCAGUAUUUAAAAAAAAAAAAGGUUUAAAAAAAUCUGCAUUCACUUAUUAAUGACGCAUGAAGCGUUUUGCAAAGAUUGUGUUAUUUCUUGUUGACUUCAAUGAAAAUUUUAAACUGACAAAAUAUCAUUAUACCUUUCAACUUCAAAGAGUGACUAUAUGUAGAAAAGUAUAUGCUUAUGUUAUGGUCGUUUUAUUUUGAAAAUGAAGUAGCGAAACAAAAACAGUAAAAAUUUAUUUGUGACACAAAUAAAAUUUAAAAAUCAUUUUCCGGGUUUUAUGUGCGAAAUUCAGUUUAUAUAACAAUUAAAUUGUUCAUGAAUUGUUAAAAUUGAUUCAGAAAAUUCAUGCCCUUGCUAACUUUUUAUUAUAUGUGAUUAUAUAUUGUGAACAUACAUUUGAUAUAUGAUUCACGACAAAACACAACGUUAUUUAUUCCCUUUAAAAUAAGCGUCACAUAAAUCAGACAUGAUGUUAUUAGUAUUAGUUUCGUAUUAAGCAGAUCUAUUUGAGUAUCUAAUAUUAAUUUUUUGAACUUUAAUAGAAAUAUUUAGGUUAGAUAUUUCCGCCCAAUUUUUAAUUGUGUUUACUCAUUAUAUUUGCAUUUUUACGACUGCGUUUUAAUUGACGUUUUAUUCAUAAACGAAAAAAAUGUCAUAUCUUCUGGAUAUUCUGGGACCUUGCAAUAUGUAAUAUGAUUAUGAAUAGAUAGAAUGGAAAUGAAAAAAGUGGAUUUGUUUAUUUUUUUUCUUUUUCAAUGAAUUUGUGUUAUAGCCGGGAUAAAUGUUUCGUACUUAAUUAUUUUUCCAUGUGUAGAAAUUUAUUGAUUUUUUGUAUAAUAAACUAACUUACUCGAUCUGUCAAUAUGUCAGUAUAUUUGGUAACUUUAUAAUCAUAAAUAUUAAUUAAAAAAGCUAUAAAUUUACAGAAAAUUAAAAUGACUUCAGUCUAAA